AUGUCUCCCCAUCCUCUCCUUCACUCUCUGUCGAAAGAUACUCGCCUUCCGCUGGAACUUUUGGAUAGUCUCAAUCAGACAUACUUUCUGCAUCUGCUUGUCAACGAUCCUGAGAAGGUCUUGCCACCUGGCAAGUCUCUCCUCUCUGUGCUAUCGAAACCGCAUGCACGGGAGAGCAGAGAUACGGAACUUCCGACGUUACAAGAGAAGGUGGAAGAAGUAAUACAUAAGGCCUUCUGGGAUGAGGCACUAGAAGCCGUGUCAUCUGCAGAACCUUCCGUUCAACUUCCGCGGCUGAAGCUUCUAUACCAUGACCUCCACAUCGCCCUCAAGCCCCUUCUCCCAUCGAACCAUAUCGUUCUAAUCACCCUGUCCUCUCCACUCUCCCCCACGUCUUCACCCCUUCUUUCCGCAAUCACACACAUCCGUGAAAUUCUUCUCGCACUCCGGCAACGCUGUGCACCCAUCCGCGAUUCCGACAUGGAUGCGCUCCUCGGCAGGCUAGACGAGUCUUCUUCAUCAAUAACGUCUUCUACACCACGACUCGUCAUCGAUACCAUCCGGUCUAUACUCAAACUCGCGGAAGUCAUGAAGGACGACUUGUCACAGUUUGUGCUGGGGACCAUGGGAGAAGGACAACUGAAAGCCGCGAUACUUGAACAAGCCAUAGAUAGGGAACGCGAGAUGGUAUCGGAAGUCUGGAAGAGCGAAGAGAUCGAGAAGGAAUGGAGCACAUGGAUGAAGGGAUCUAGCCAGGACGCAGCUGUGGACGGAGAGGGCCAAGUAGUGAGGAAGCAAUAUCUCGAAAGGCUGAUGCAGGCACUGCGUGGCCCUACUCCGGUGUUCUGCUCCCUUCCUACCAUACCUACCUCGACCCCCACGGACGAGCAGCAACAAGAAACAUCGAACGAGCCACAUAAUCCGACACGUUUACCUCCGAUAUUCUUCUUCUCCAUCCCAGAUCUUGUCUUCAUACAAAACUUUCUUCAAACGAUCGUCAUCACCGCCUGCCUCCGGAUUCUUCUGCCACACCAAUCUACUGACCCGUCUGGCACCACUUCAACUUUCACCUCACGCGUCAUCACUCUUCUUCUUGCAUCCAUCGACGCACCAUCUGACGAUUCCACCAAACUCAUCAACUUAGCAGACGAGCUUGUGCGUGCGGCUGGCCCGUUGGGUCCAGAGGAGGAGAAGAGAUUGCGCGAUGCUGUGGACAGGACUUUGCGGCUACAAGAUCCAGUGUUCUCACUGUUGCAACAACGACUCACACGAGCGAUAGUUGAUCGUCUCCUCCAUCGACCACAGACUCGAUUGGGAACGAAACGCGGGAUAGAGAUGCGGACAGGAAGGGAUCUGAAGGGAAAGAGGAUGCGUGUUGAGACUGGGUCUGCCGUUGAGAGCUCGAGCAAGGAAGAUGACUCUUGGGAUGGGGUGGGAGAAGUUGUGAAAGGGUUCGAGGAUUUGGAGUUAUCGAAGAGAGUGAAUGAAGUGACUGGGAGACUAGGGAAGGUCUUGUUGUGGGUGGAUGACGUCUGGGGAGAAGUCGCUGGACAGUUGGGCCUCAAUGGGUUGGACAAACGGGUGCAUGGACAUUGA